CGCUGUGACGUCAGCAGAUUGACGUAAAAGUGAAAAGAUGGCAGGCAGGGUAAGACGUACGAGAAUUGUUUCCGCCAAUAUUUCUGCGAUUUUCUUCGAUUUGGACAACACCCUGAUCCCGACGAAAAGAGGAGACAAGCUCGCCUGUGAGAAGAUAUGCUUUACCCUACGAGAGCAAUACAACAUGCCACACGAUCUAGCGCACGACUCGACGAAAAAAUUUUUGCACGCUUUCCGAAAAUGUCCUGACAACAAGGAGAGCCAGUGUCUGGACGAGUGGCGUCGCCUGCUUUGGGUCGAAGCACUUGGAAAUGAUUAUAGGCACCUAGCAGGUCCCAUUUACCGACUGUGGCUGCAGCUGCGUUUCCAGUUCUUGGCCUUGACACCUCAAGUACAAAGGUUGCUUGUGUCACUGAAGGAAAUGCGCUUCCAGCUGGCUCUUAUCACCAACGGCUCGUCCCGUUCGCAAUGGGAGAAAAUCCAACUUCUCAAGGUGCAGCCGUUUUUCGACUUGGUGCUCGUGUCAGGUGACCUGCCCUGGGAGAAGCCACACGCAAACAUCUUCCUGCAGGCAUGCUCAAUGCUGAAGGUUCAGCCCGAGGCAGCCAUCAUGAUUGGCGACAAGCUCGAGACGGACAUCUUGGGUGGUCAGAUUUUAGCUGCCACUGUCUGGAUCAAACCGCCAGAGGUAGUCAAUUCUACUGUUCAGGCCAACCCUGACUUUACACUGUCCGACGUAACUCAUCUCAGCAGGGUGUUGCAAGUAGCCCCUGCACCUCCCGAUUUCGAUGACUGCAAUAGCAAUGCCAGUAACGCAAGUGAUGGGAGCUGAGACUUUAUUUUAGUCUUUUUUACCUUUGUUGCCCGUUUUACCUUUUAGUUUUUGUCUUCAUUUUCUUUGAGUGAAGAAUGCCUCAAAAAUUUUAGAAAACUAUGCUUGAAAAUUAAAAAUGGGAGACAUUAUAGGAAGGAGCUCCAUCAAACAUGCUGGUUCGUGUUUGAUAUAUCAAGUAGCAAUAUUUGCAUAUAUGCUAUUUUGAAUAAACAUAAAAAAUUGCCAUUUUUUCAUCAAUGUUAAAAUGAAUUUAAUGAAUUAAAAUUUUUGGUCAGCGAUUUUUUGCCAACUCUUAAAAACUCGAUACUUCAUUGAUUUCAAAAACAAAAAUAUCAUUUUAAUCUAUUUGAGUUCUAUUGUUUUAAUUUUUCUUUUAACUGGUUGUUAAACCAGUAAAAAAAUAUUAUGUAUUCAACCAACAAAAUUUUGAAAUGAAUAAUCUGAUUUUUUGUUAGUCUUAAAUUUAUUUACAACUAUUAUUUUCUUGUUAAUUUUUAUAUAAAUCAAUUUUUUUCUGUUCUCAAUUGCUAUUACUCAUUAUUACGCAAGCCAAUCAAUAUAAGUUCAUCCAAAAAUUGGCAAUCGUAGGUUCGUUUUAUUUUUGUAUUUUUAUCUUCAGAUUCCUAGGUUGUUUUUGUUUCCAAUGUUACGGGUUGAAUUUUGAUGCUCUAUUUUGUCACAAUUAUUUUUAUGAAAAAAUUAUAUACUGUUAGAAAAAAAUGAAUGACAUAAAAGAAAGGAGAGCAGCAGCAAUAUGUUCCUAACGUUGUGAUGCUAAAAAAAAAUGUGAAAGACAGUAAAUUUGAAUUAUCUCAGGGAGGCUCUUCAAUAUCUCUCUGAUUUUUUGAGUUACCUGCUUAUCCCACCUUUAGUUUAAUACAAAUUUCUGCUACUACAAAGAAGUAUGCAAGUUUUAUAUUAUAACUUAAUGUUGAUUAUUGACCGUCCUUUAUAUUAUUUGUCGUGUCUCGUGUGAUCACGUCACAUUACAAUUAGUGUGGAUUUUGUCGUUUAUAACCUUUUGGCAAGAAUGCAAGUAUAUUUUUGAAUAUAUUAAACUAAAGAAAUUUUGAAAAUAAUCCAUUGUAAUAAUUACGUCUAUCCUCUGAUGGAUUGUAGUAAAUUGUUACUAAUUCAAAAUGUCGACUGUAUCACAAAAAAAGGGAACAGACUGGGGCUGGAACCCAGUUUAAUAACCUGUUUAUUUUCAUAUAGAAUGAAAUGCUUCUUAAAGUUAAAAAUUAUUGACCUCUUCAGCAAUUGAAUAUUGUGGGCAGAUGAAUGCACAAAAUUAAUUUUUAAAUUUACACAUUGCUGUGAUGGCCAGUUGCAAUUGAAUUUUUUUCCUGAAAACAAAAGGAAAACCAAAUAAAAAGGUUUUGUAACCACUAAUGAUGCCCAAUUUUUGAAGAUUAGUCGCAUUCAUAAUUGCAAUUUUGUGCAAAAAAAUGCAAAAAAAAAAAACACAAAA